AUGGAAUCUAAUCUCACAUACCAUGACAUGAGCAUAUACUCCGCCGAAAGGAUCGCACAAUCAGCAUCCACAUUUGUUCAUACGGAGCUUGAACGUCUCACCAAUUAUGAAGAGAAGAGUGUACACAUCAUAUUAUAUCUGACAGAUUUCAAUCCACAUUCAACCCACAGAAUUGUCGUCGACAUUGCUACAACAAACCUCCAUUCUGAGAAGAGAGCACCCUCACUAAUGGAAGAAAAUGAAAUGUGCACAAUAUGCAUGGAGAAGAUUGUAACAGAGAGUAACUCUUUUCCCGGUAGACUAUCCAAACAUAAGAAAAUGAAUAAAUUGGACCCCGACAAUAUAGAUCCUAACUGCGGUUACCUGAAGAAGCACUAA